CGGAAGCGGUUGCGGGAGGGCGGGGCGGCAAGAUGGCGGCGCGCGCAGCCCUGGGGGCUGCGUCCCGGCACCUGUGGCAGGGCUUAGGAGGGAGUUUUUCUGCAAACAGUUUUACAAGCAGUACAACCAGAAACUGUGGCUUUCCUCUCAGUAGCAAUGUGAAGUGGGUGCAGUAUUCAAACCUACACAUUGAUGUUCCAAAGGAGUUGACCAAGCCUGCGAUCACUGUUUCUGAUGAACCAGACACCUUAUAUAAACGCCUGUCAAUUUUAGUAAAAGGCCAUGAUAAGGCUGUAUUGGACAGUUAUGAAUAUUUCGCUGUGCUUGCUGCUAAAGAACUUGGUAUUUCUAUUAAAGUACAUGAGCCUCCAAGGAAAAUAGAGCGAUUUACUGUUCUCAAGUCAGUGCAUAUUUUCAAGAAGCACAGAGUUCAGUAUGAGAUGCGAACACUUUAUAGAUGUUUGGAGUUAGAACGUCUCACUGGAUGCACAGCCGAUGUCUACCUGGAAUACAUUCAGCGAAACUUACCUGAAGGGGUGGCCAUGGAAGUAACAAAGACACGGUUAGAACAGUUACCAGAACACAUCAAAAAGCCAAUCUGGGAAACAGUGCCAGAGGAGACAGAAGAAAGCAAGCCGUAAUGCGCAAGACUCCCAGCCCGGCUCUGCCACGCACUGGGCCCCUGUGCCUCUCAGCGGAGCCGGCCACAGCCACUGCACCGCCCAUCCCCCGCCCGGGCCCCGGGGCCGCUUGGAACUUUAAAGGCAGUCUGACUGCAGCGAACAAAACGUUGUAUCUAUUCUUGCAUACAUGUCAUUUCUUUCAGUCUUGAUUUUAAGAAACUAUUUUGAAUACUCUGAGCCAGUAGUCAAAUGUGUAUGUGUAUAUAUAUGAUGUUUUUAUUUUUUGCUCCUGUGCAAUUGUUAGUUUCUCCUGAUUUUAAUGUACAUUGGAAAAGUGGGUAUUUGAAGUA